UCUGUGGAGCAGAAGGACAGGAAGGGGGGCACUAGCCCGAGCCGGAGCAGAGACAGAGGGAUCAUGGCGGCACCUCUCGGACGGGACACGCUACCUGACCACUGGUCGUACGGAGUUUGCAGAGAUGGGCGGGUUUUCUUCAUCAACGAUAAAACUCGGAGCACUACUUGGCUCCAUCCGCGCACUGGUGAACCCGUUAACUCGGGACACAUGAUCCGGUCAGAUUUGCCAAGAGGCUGGGAAGAGGGCUUCACGGAGGAAGGAGCCAGUUACUUCAUCAACCACAACCUGAAGACCACCUCAUUUCGACAUCCUGUGACAGGACAGAUUUCACCUGAUAACAUCGAAUACACAUUACAAGACAGCAGCAGGGUAGAGUCCCGUAUGUCCAAGUCCGCAGCCAAUCAGAGGUCUCCCAGCAUGGUCACAGAAUCCUCCAAGGCUGUGACCUCCGGUGCAGUGGAUGUCGCCUCAGGGUCAAAGAGCUCCAGAGGAACUGGGAAAGUACACAGCUUUGGCAAGAGGGAUCAUGCUAUUAAAAGAAACCUGAACAUCCCAGUAGUAGUAAGAGGUUGGCUCUACAAACAGGACAGCUCUGGAAUGCGACUGUGGAAACGGAAGUGGUUUGUUUUGUCAGACUACUGCUUGUUUUACUACAAAGACAGCAGAGAAGAAACAGUGCUCGGUAGCAUCCCUUUGCCAAGUUAUGUCAUUGCACCAGUUGAGCCUGAAGACCACAUAAACCGCAAAUAUGCUUUCAAGGCGAGCCAUACUGGAAUGCGCUCCUACAUCUACAAUAAGAACUCUGUGAUUGGCUCGCAGGCAGAACACUGCGGGAUGCGGACGUAUUUCUUCAGUGCGGACACACAGGAGGACAUGAAUGGCUGGAUCCGGGCCAUGAACCAGGCUGCGCUAAUGCAGCAGAGCCACACUGUAAAGAGAGAGGUGGAGAAGCCAGAGAAAGCUGCUCAGCAAGCCGUUCCACAGACGAACCACGUCCACGUCCCUCAGAACUUACCUAAACCCAUAAGUGUUCACAGGACAGAGCGGGAAGGAGCUCAGGAGGACGGUAUCAGACUGGCUCACGGUGACGAGGGGAGGUACGGGUUGGAGAUUCACGGGAGGUCUGUUCAGUCGACCCCGCAGGACAGAAUAGGAAGACUGUCUCCGGACUCUGUCGGUGGCGCCGCCCACAAAGACGGGCAGCAGACUGUGAUUCAAGUGGCUCUGCCGCCGGAGCAAAACGGAAACGUUGUUUAUCAGAGGGGUUUUGUUUCCCGGAUGGACUCUGACAAACAUGUGCAGAGGAAGAAUACACUGGCUCAGGUGGAGCAGUGGGUCAAAGUUCAUAAAGGGGACCCAACAAAAAGUACUCCCUCUGCUGAGUACAACCUCACUCGGCGAACUCCUCCUUUAAAGCCCAAAUCCAGCACAACAGACGUCACCUAUCACUCGUUACCAAAGUCCCCCCGUCUCCUGUCAGGCAGCAGCUCCCCUCCAGCCUCAGGCAACCUGCCCAGUGACUAUAAGUAUGCCCACGACCGGCUGAGCCACUUCCGCAUGUCCACAGACGAGCGGAUGGCCUCCAAGGAAGGGAUGGUGUGGCAGCUGUACGAGUGGCAGCAGCGGCAGCAGUUCCGUCACGGCAGCCCCACCGCGCCCAUCUACACCGGCUCCAACUUCACCGACUCUUUCAGAGUCACCGUGGAAAUGCCACGCUCCAUCUCGGUCCCUCCGUCGCCCUGCGAAGUGCCGCCUUCGUCCCCGUCGCCCUUCAAACCCCUGUCCCCGCGCAGGCCUCACACGCCUUCAGACAGACGCACAGUGAGACCCCUGGAUGAGCUGGGACCUGGGGACCUCACCAGAUCCAGCUCCCCUGGCAAUAUUUGUUCCCACAUUUCUCAGACUUCCCAAAUGGAGAGAAGGUCUGUGCCAACCAUGGGUUACAUCACACACACGGUCAGUGCUCCCAGCUUGCAUGGGAAAACGCCAGAGGAGCUGACUCUGCUCCUCAUUCAACUUCGGAGGCACCAGGCCAAGAUGGCUGGAGUGCAUAGCCCCAGCAAUGCGUUCGCUCAUCUGCAGCACCACCAGCACAACGGCCUUCUGGGCCCCAGCAUGCAGGCAGAUGAUACUUACAUACAACUGAAGAAGGACCUGGAGUAUCUAGAUCUGAAGGUAACCGGACGUGAGAUUUUGAAGAAAGAGAGAUCUUUGAGGCCUGUGAAAAUUGCAGAAAGUGACGCUGAUGUUAAAUUAAGUCGGCUUUGUGAACAAGACAAGAUUCUACAGGAACUAGAAGCCAGGAUACGCGCUUUGAAGGACGACAAGGACAAGUUGGAGUCUGUGCUGGAUGUGUCUCACCAGCAGAUGGAGGAGUACCGAGAUCAGCCGACUCAUGCUGAGAAAAUAGCCUAUCAGCAAAAAUUAUUACAAGAGGAUGUUGUCCACAUCAGGGCCGAAAUCUCUCAAGUCUCCACUGAGAUGGAGAAUGCAUGGAAUGAGUACAAGCAGCUGGAGAGAGAUGUGGACUGGUUGAAGUCAGCCCUGCAGGGACAGAUGAAUCGCAGCGAUCUUUCUCAGCAAGAGAAAGUUCAGAUCAGAAAAGAGCUGUGGAGGAUUGAGGAUGUUAUCGCAGGCCUCAGCACCAGUAAAGCCAAUUACAAAGUAACUAUUUCCUCUGUUACCAACCCAGAGAGAAAAUUUGUGCCUUCAGUGUCAGUAUCGUCAGUGCCUUCUGUGUCUGGGAACCAGUCUGCUACGGAGAUGAGAUUGUCCCAGCAGCAGCAUCACACCUCCCAUGUCAGCCCGGGUAGCCACAUUCCCACUCUUUGCUCUAGUCCCACCCAGAAGCCAUUGCAGCACUCUGCAACCGUCUUCAGUGGGUUUAAAUGGAGAGAAGAAGAUGUGCCUCCCAGACCUCCUCUACCUCAGCUCUACAGUCCUGAAGAGCAUCCCCCRGCUGUGCCGCCGCUGCCUCGGGAGACGACAGUCAUCAGACACACUUCCGUACGCGGCUUAAAACGGCAGUCAGACGAACGCAAGCGUGAUCGAGAGAUCGGCCAGUACACGAACGGGGACAGCAAGGUGGAACUAAGGCCUUUCCUGAGUGAUCCAGAGCUCAUGGGAGCUGGAGACGGAUCCAGUCACAUCAGUGUCGGAGCCUCUGGUCACGAUGGAGGUUACCAGACMCUACCUAGCAGAGGAGUAGCUGGCUCCUUGUUUAGGCUCAAUCAGUCUUCGAGCAUCUCCUCAUAUGUGACUCUCAGAAGAUCGAUUUCUGCAGCUGGUGUAAAGGAGAGACCGAAAAGUGCCUUGGAGCGUCUGUACUCUGGGGACAGGACGCCGCAGCAGCAGAGGGGGAAGAUGAGCGCCGACGAGCAGCUGGAGAGGAUGAAGCGGCACCAGAAGGCCCUGGUUCGCCAGCGCAAACGCACCCUGAGCCACGGGGACCGCCAGGCACCGCCUUCGACGCGCCCCUCGUCCUCUCGCCCGCUCUCAGCAGACUUGGGUUCAUGGAAGAGAGAGCAGGAGUUUGACCUGCAGUUACUCGAGAGAGCUGUUCAGGGGGAGGAGGAUCAGGCAGUUAGGAGUGUCCAGGGGGAGGAAAGGCCUCCUGAGCACAAAGAAAGACCUCGCUCACACUCUGACGAAUGGCUGACCUUCUACUCCACGUCCUCAACRCCUCCCAUGAAGGAGGCUGACUUGGAACCGCUGGACUAUGACCUGGACCUUAACAAAGAGCUGUCCAAACCUCAGAAAGUGUUAAUUCCAGAGCGAUAUGUGGAUUCAGAACCUGAGGAACAGCUCAGUCCUCAGGAGGUGGAGGAGCGACAUCGGAAGGUGGAGCGCAUCAAAAGCAUUUUGGCAAAAUCCAGCGUGCAAAACAUUGCACCCGUGGCGUUGGUGGACAAGCCUGACGUGAGUGUGGUGGCGCUCGACUCGGCUCUGCAGGAGCAGGAGAGGAUCAUCACCAUGUCCUACGCUCUCGCCUCCGAGGCUUCCCUCAAGAGCAAACUCGUGGCAGCUCAAGCUAUUUCUGGACACUGAGGUGCUACUCCAUGAUGAUACCAGACACCUGAGAGCUCUAAGAAAUGUUUUUUUUUCUCCAACAUCAGUAGUAUGUGGACAACUUUAUGCAACAGUAGGAAAAAAAACAACAAAGACAAGAAAAACAGUAGUGAACAUUUAAGUUGAGGCUCACUCAGGACUGACUUGUUGAAAGUGUUUCCAGCUGCUGAAAAUUUUCUGGAGUAAAGUAAAAAUGUGGGAGCUGCUCUCAAUGAUACCUAUGACAAUGUCUAACAGAUGUUAAUCUCAUAAAUAAUAAAGACUAUUUUCUACAAUUUUAAUGCA